AUGGCGGCUGCUCAGGGGAAUGCCGUAUACAAGAAGAAAGAGGGCAUCCUUGCGGUGUCGGACGACCACACCCGGGUCACAUGGACACCUGUGGCGGGAGGAUCGGCCGUGACGCUGGCGACAGCGAACAUUACAAUCCCCAAGGUCAUGCUCAAGAUUUUUGAGAAGAUCCCUGGCACCGAAGGCGAACCGACAUCCUACCUCUUCCACUUCAACCACCCCAGCGACGCCCGACCCCAAGCAAAUGUUGUCAAAGACCUGCUGUCGCAAAUAAUAGCAGACAGCCGUGCGAAUGACCCAAGCCUCCCAAAACCAAUCUCUGCCGCUGGCACACCUCAGCCCGAUGGUGGCACUCCGUCGAGCGGUGGCCGAGCCAAGGCCGCAGAUGCCGGUGCGGGACUCUCCGCCGCCAUGUCGUUUGCCAACACCGUGGCCGCAAAGCCUGCUGCAGAGCGCUGGUUCGACGACAGCCAGCUAAAGGUGGACAUUGAGCUGCAGCAGUCCUUGAUGAAGAAGGACAAAACUCUCCACCAGACAUACAUGGACGCACAAAAGUCCAAACCGGAAUCAAUAUCGGACGCUGCCUUCAACGCGCAGUUCUGGUCGACGAGGACGUCGCUUCUUCGAGCACACGCUAUCGAGACCAACCAAAAGAAAGGCGCGUACAAUGUGUUGUCGACCAUCAAACCCAAGACGGUGGACGGCGAGUUGAAGCUGAACAUCAGCCUUGAGCAGGUGCAAAUGAUCCUUAAGCAGCACCCCCUGGUGCAGCGCAUCUACAACGAAAACGUUCCGCGCAUCCCCGAGGCGCAGUUCUGGUCGCGCUUCUUUUUGAGCAGACUCUCCAAGAAGUUACGAGGUGAACGCGUCUUGGACAGCGAGCGUGCCGACCCGCUGUUUGACCGAUUCGACGAGGCAGAUGAUGCGGUCGUAUCAAGUCUUAUCCUCUCUUCUCAUGUCCCGCAUACAAUCGACCUCGAAGCCAACGAGGAGAACCGAGGCGGCUUCAAGGGCGGAAACCGCCAAGAUGUCGAGAUGCGGCCACGAUCCAACAUCCCCAUUGUGCGCACGCUGAACAGUUUGAGUGAGAAGAUCAUGGCGACGGUCGCGCCGUCUGAUCAAGACCCCACCACCACCACACAAGCCGACAUUGACACGCAAGAGGAACUGGCACUGCGGGACUUGCGGGGAGACGUUGAGACCAGCCGCAUUACUUUAAGCGUGCGCGAGCAGAGCCGGUUUUUCUCCGACAACAGUGCAGCCUCGGCAAAAGACCAAGAAGAAUACGACAAGCAGGUGCCGUCUGAAGUACUGUUUGAUGUUCAAGCGGACAUUGACACACUAGAAGGUGACGGCGCCGGUGGUAUCGACCUGCACGCAGGGCUCGGGAUUGACGAAGAGAGCGACAGCGACGAGGAGAACGCCCGAAGACCCGACCACGUGGGUUCGCGGGCCGCACGGCAGGCAGCGCAGAAGCAGGUUCUCGCAGCGGUCGCCCAGAAACGUGCCGAGCUCUACGGCCACAGCAGCGACGAGCAGACACCGAUGGGAAUCCCGGCGGAAAUUGCACAAAAAGCGUACAUUACAAACGCGACGACGACGGAGUUUCUCAAGCAGUUCUGGAACGCAUUUUUAUCCGGGGAUCCAGAUCGGGCACAGGAACUGGCAUACCACGUAGAAUCACUGGCGCGGUCCAUGGCACGGAUUGAGGCCGUAGCCGAUGAGGCCGAGGAGGUGCGGAACAAAGUGAUCGACGAGAAGAAGGAGGAGAUUCGCGUCAAGUUUGGUCGCACAGGCCGGCGCAUCAGGUGGCGGCCGGAGAUGAUCGGCGGCGGUCGAAAGGCAGUGCAUGUUUUGCUUGGGCCAACCGUUACCAGUCUGGAGACAGCCCAGAAUUUGUACAAGGCAGCGCUGACGGUCGAGGGGCUGAAGCCAAGCACCGAGUCAUAA